UACCGGGUAGUUAAAUUACGUUGUCCGAGCUUAUAAAUUUUUAAAUUGUAUGCCGUUACAUUUGAAUGUUUUCCGUAACAACCAUAACAAUCGGUUCGCUCAGUUAUUUUGUGUCUAGUAUUGCUAUAGUUUCUCUUUUCGCUUUACAUAAGUUCGCGGAAAUUCCAUUAUCUAUCUUGGUGUAAAGGAAUGUGAUUGCGAAUGAUUUCAGACUAAUAUAUAAACGCACUUGAGGAAACUCUUAGUUAGAAAUCAGGAAAUCUAAUUAUUCGAAUAAUUACCAGAGCUAAAGUUUCCAGUUGUGGCAUGCAUUAAGUAUUGUUAGGUGUCCAGAUAAUACAAUUUUUUGCCUUAUUAUGAAAGCAAAUAUAAUCUGAAUAUUGUAAUUUUUCACAGUUUGCAUAAAUGAGAACGAUGGAUUUGAAGGCCGAAUUAUCGAAAAGCAAGCUUGAAACUGUCAAAGUAGUAGUGCGAUGUCGCCCAGUGAGUGAAAAAGAACACCAAGCUGGUUACCAUUCUGUAGUUACGCUGUUUCCUGAAUCUGGUGGUGUAGAAAUCCACAAUUUGAAACAAAGCCCUAAAUAUUUCACUUUUGAUGCAGUAUAUGAUGGCGGCGCUCAAGCUGAUUUAUAUGAUGAUGUGUUUCGACCAUUAGUGGAUUCUGUUAUCGACGGUUUCAAUGGUACAAUCAUAGCCUAUGGUCAAACUGGUGCUGGAAAAACAUAUACUAUGGAGGGUGUUAUUGGAGAUCCAGAACAUGAAGGAGUUAUUCCAAAUUCAUUUAAACAUAUAUUUAGUAGAAUAGCACGAUCAGAAAAUACACAGUAUUUAGUGUCUGCAUCUUACCUUGAAAUAUAUCAGGAAGAGGUGCGUGACCUUCUUUCUUCAGAGCCGAAGAAAAAAUUGGAAGUUCGAGAAAGAAAUGAUACUGGUGUUUAUGUGAAAGAUUUGACAGCUACUGUGUGUAAAACAAUUCAGGAUCUUGAAAAAGUGAUGUUAGAUGGGAAGUACAAUAGAAGCAUUGGAACAACAAAUAUGAAUAUCCAUAGUUCACGAUCGCAUGCUAUUUUUAUUAUAGCUAUUGAGUCAUGUGAGUCUGACUCUGAUGGAAAUCAGCAUGUAAAGAUAGGAAAAUUAAAUCUGGUUGAUUUAGCUGGAAGCGAGAGACUUGCAAAGACUGGUGCUAUCGGUUCGACUCAGAAAGAGUCUAUAAAGAUUAACCUUUCUUUGUCAGCAUUGGGUAAUGUGAUAUCUGCUUUAGUUGAUGGAAAAAGUCAGCACAUUCCUUACAGGGACUCUAAGCUAACACGGUUACUGCAAGAUUCUUUAGGUGGAAAUGCAAAAACGAUAAUGAUAGCAAACAUAGGCCCUGCUAGUUAUAAUUAUGAAGAAACAAUGACAACUUUGCGCUAUGCUAAUCGAGCAAAGAACAUUAAAAAUAAACCUGUGGUCAACAUAGAUCCAAAAGAUGCCAUUCUGUUGCAGUAUCAGCAAGAGAUAUCUCGCUUAAAAGAACAGCUUGCAUUGAAAGAAGCAAAAAAGAAAAAGAAAAAGUUGUCUGCAAAAUUGGCAGAAGAUGUUAUUGAACUUGAUACUUCAAGUGUUGAAAUCGUGAAGAAAAUGGAAACAUUGCUAGAAGAAGAACGUAUUGCAUAUUUAAAUGAGCAAAAUCUAAUGACUGAAGAAAAGGAAAAAAUUUUACGAGACAUAAAAGCUAAAGAUGAAGAACUGAGGCUCGAAAAUGAAGCAAAAGAGAAAAUUAGGAAUCAGUUACAGGAACUAGAAGCUAAGUUGCUGUGUGGUGGUAAGAAUAUCAUCGAUCAUACCAAUGAACAAGAAAGAAUUUUGGAAAAGAGACGUCAGGAGCUUGCAGAACAAAAGCGUAUUGAACGAGAAAUACAACAAAAAUUGUUACAAGAAGAGGAAUAUACAUUGGAAAAGAGGGAAACUUAUGAUUCUUUGCAACAAGAAGUUGAAAUAAAGACAAAAAAAUUAAAGAAGCUCUUUUCACGUCUUCAAGCAUUAAAAGAAGAUAUAAGUGAAGAGCAGGAAAUAAAUUCGGUGGAAAGACAAGAUAAGGAACAAGUAAUUGAAACAUUAACAAGGGACUUAAAGUUGUCAAACUUGGUCAUUGAUAAUUUUGUAAAUCCUGAAGACAAAAGCAAGUUCUUAGAACAGGUUCAAUUUGAUGAAGAUGAGGAUGCUUGGGUCAUUUACCCUGCUGAAAUGACAUACAGUCAUUUUAAUCCCUCAGAGCGUCCAUUAUCAAGUCUACGACGGCCCAUGGCACUACAUCCACAGAAAAUAGCACAUAUGAGAAGUAAUCAACAACAAAAUUUGGUAUCACGUUACAAACCUGAAAAUAUUACUGCUGUAGAUUUUGUUUUACCUCCAAAACGAACUAUAGAUCAAUAUGAAAAGGACUUGGAUCCAUAUGCUAGAGAAGCUGUUAAAAACGUUCUUUCUGAUGAAACAAUAGAUGUGCAAGCAUCACUUCAGAAUAUGGAGGGAAUUUCAGAACCUGCUGGUUGGGGAUGGCUACGAUUUGGUACAAAGACAUCAGCCCAUUCAAACAAGCAACAGAUGAAAAUGAAGUUGGAGAUUGAACAAUAUCCUGUACCUCGUGGACUGGUACCAAAAUAGUGACUUGAAAAAUACCUGUCAUACAUGAACUGUGAUAUAUUUAUUUUAAACUCAUUUUUGUUAAUAUUCUUUUGUGAUGUCCAGAGAGUUCAAAACAUUUUUUUAUUGUACCAUGCUUUCUAAUUGCUCUUUUCCUGAAAAACUCAGGUAUAUGUUAGUUUGUUCAGUUAAGUUAUGUAAUGCAAUGUAUGUUUUAUCUUUUGCCCAUUAUUGCAGAUAUUUGUAAGUCAUAUUUUUAGGUGUUCGUUCUUUUAAAUUUUUCUUAAGAUAUUUUUAAAUUGCAUAUUUAAGGAAAAGAAUUAUUUUUGCUUCUGAAUUAUUGCAUGAACUUAGUUUACAAAAUAUUGAACUACAUUUGUAUGCAAAUGUGCCCAUAUAAAGAGGUUGUUUGUACAGAUUACGUCUUUUGAUAUGAAGACUAACUUUUUCUGCUUGGAAAUAUGUAAAAAACUCUACUUAGAGUAAAUGAAAACAUAGUGUGAAAUUGCAUGAAUGCUGACAAUUAUACACAUCAAUAUUUCUGUGCCUUUUGUUUUCAAUUCCAAUAAUAGAUUCAACAAUAUUAUAAAAACAAUCCAAUUUAUUUCAUAUUAGGUAUUGCAGAUACGAGUUGUAUGAAAUUCAUGUAAAUUUAUUGACAACUGACACUUAACAUAACUGAGAAAUAAAGAAUGGUUUUGAUUUUUCACUCCCCAAACUGAAAAUUAUAGUGGCAUCAUAAUAAUAUAAUAAUUGCUGUUUAAGUUUUCUUUUGCUCCAAUGAAUUGAAGUCAGUUGCUUUUUCUCUAGUCUAGUAGUAAAAUAUUCUUUGACUGAUAUCAGUAUUAUGUGAAAAAACUGCAUUAGGAAUAUUAUGACAUUUUUAAAUUUUAUUAUUUGAAUAUCUGUUUUUUAGGACGGACUUUUUAAAUUGAAAGAAAUAUUAUGUAGAUGUCUAGUUUUAUUUAUUUUUAGUUUUUAAGAAAAAGUAAGUUGUGUAAUAGCUUUUUGUACUUUUGGUUAAUGAGCUAAUUAUUGUUUUUUUUGUGAAAUUUAUAUUUAGUGUUGAUAUUGGGUGAACUAGUCAUUUUUAUGUUUUCAGAAUCUAUUAUGCAUGACCCUCUAUUAUUAUCUAAAUUGUGAAGAGAGUAUAAACUUUCUAAAGAUUGUUAAUUUAUAUUAUCAGCAUACACCAAGAGCUAAUAUCUCCAUAUAAUAAACUGUAAACUAUCAAUAAUUUGACUGUAUUACAGAGUUUAUUAUAUGAAACUUUUCAAUAUUUUGUGUGUGUAAAUCAUAAUAAUAAAUCAAGAAUUUAAUGAGAAAAUGAAAUCAAAUUGACAUGAAAUUAAAUGAGGAGAGUGAUUAAACUGAAAAAGAAUGUUUGUAAAAUCAUCUCUAAUAUCUGAGAAAUCCCCUUAAAACAGAAUCUGAGCAUAUAUUAUGCCUUGCUAUCUCGAAGUAUUAAUAUGUGAAUUAUGAAGGAAUAUUUUCAAAGUAAGAUGUGAUGUAAUCGAAUUCUUGACUUAUUUUUAUUUCGGUGCGAAAUCUUUUCCUAAAAGGAAUGAAGUGAUAUUCAGUGCAAUUAAGGUUUAUUUUUUUGAGUGGGCUUUUGUGUGCUAAAUCAAAGGACAAGUGCCUCGUCAUAAAUAUAUGUUCGACAAAAUAAUGGAUCCGUGAAAAAACUGUGAAUGAAUAUGUUUCAGCAUAACUUUUUUAAUCCUCAGCCAUUUUAGCGGCAAAAAUUAUAAUAUUUAGUAAGGGAUAUCAGUACAUUUUCCCUGCUUGAUGCAAUAUACUGUAAAGAAAACAUAAGAUAUAAUGUAAUGAAUGUUGAAUUUAAACUUCACCACUAAGAUUAAAUUACAUUUGUAUUAAGGACUGUGGUUUUCUGUUUCCUAAACAAAACUAAUAUAUAAUGUCUUCAUUAUUCCUGUUGAAUUGUAAUGGAAGUUUAUAUGCAUGUAUGAAAAUUUUUUGGAAUGUGAGAAUUCUUGUAUUCUGCAAUUUUUUAGAUACUUUUUUGUGUAUAACUCUGUUGAUUUAUCAUAUUAAUCACACCAACUAAUUUUUGUAUGUUUUUUGCCUUACUUAUGUUAUGUUUCAAGCCUUACUUUUGUUAUGUUUCAAGCUCUUAAAUAUCUGUUUUCAGUGUCUGUGACUUCUCAGACUUUUUGUUUUCUUGUUAACUUUUGAAUUGGUAAUUAAUACAGUUCUUUAGAUUCCAUACUGGAAAUUCUUGAGACUGUUAAAAAAAUCAAUCGAAAAAAGACGUUUUAAUAAAGCAAAACGAAGACAAAAGUCACGAGGAUGAUGAAUAUUGAGUCUUGUUAUAGCUGAUUUUCUUGCUUAAUAUUUAAAUUACCUUUAAAGAAUGAUAAGAUGGUCAAUCCUGUGCAAGGUGACUACCCAGAAUUUCAGGCAAUUUUAACCUUCUGUGAAGGUGUUGAUGUGAUAAAUGCUGAUUACGAUUGAUGACAGUUAUUAAUUUGCAUGAUGCAUUUGCUGAGUUCAUGUCUGUUAAAGAAAUGCAAAUCUGAUAGAUUGUCUUAUUAAUAAUGCAAAAUUAAUAAAAGUAACAAUCAGUUAAAAAUAAGUAGAAAAUAAUGAAUGUAAUAAAAUAUCAAAGAAAAAA